CAUCCAGCCCCUCCCCUCCGCUCUUUCCGUCUGUAUCUCCCUUCUUUCUCUCUCUGGAACACAUGAGAUUCUCCUCCCGAAACCUGAACCGCAGCAGCAGAGGCAUCGACCCCCCUCCCCACACGCACGCACAACAUGGCUACAAUUGUAACCUCGACCAGGUUUACGGACGAGUAUCAGCUUUACGAAGAGCUGGGAAAGGGUGCCUUCUCCGUGGUGCGGAGAUGUGUGAAAAAAUCCACUGGCCAGGAAUAUGCUGCUAAAAUUAUUAACACAAAGAAACUGUCAGCAAGAGAUCAUCAGAAACUGGAACGUGAGGCCCGAAUCUGUCGUCUACUCAAACACCCCAAUAUUGUUCGGCUCCAUGACAGUAUCCCAGAAGAAGGUUUCCAUUACCUGGUCUUUGACCUUGUGACUGGGGGGGAGUUGUUUGAGGACAUCGUCGCCAGAGAGUAUUACAGUGAAGCUGACGCAAGCCAAUGCAUCAGUCAGAUCCUGGAGAGUGUCAAUCAUAUUCACCAGCAUGACAUCGUGCACAGAGACCUUAAGCCCGAAAACUUGCUGUUGGCGAGUAAGAUGAAAGGAGCGGCAGUGAAGCUGGCUGAUUUUGGGCUGGCCAUCGAGGUGCAGGGUGAUCAGCAGGCCUGGUUUGGUUUUGCUGGCACACCUGGCUAUCUGUCUCCAGAGGUGUUGAGGAAGGAUCCCUACGGCAAACCUGUGGACAUCUGGGCCUGUGGUGUAAUCUUGUACAUUCUGUUAGUGGGCUAUCCUCCAUUUUGGGAUGAAGAUCAACACAAGUUAUACCAGCAGAUCAAGGCCGGAGCUUAUGAUUUUCCUUCUCCGGAGUGGGACACGGUCACCCCCGAGGCCAAGAACCUCAUCAACCAAAUGCUGACCAUCAACCCAGCAAAGAGAAUCACCGCAGAGCAGGCCCUCAAGCACCCAUGGGUCUGCCAACGGUCCACAGUGGCAUCCAUGAUGCAUCGCCAAGAGACCGUGGAGUGCUUGCGCAAGUUCAACGCCCGUCGAAAACUCAAGGGAGCCAUUCUCACUACUAUGCUGGUUUCUAGAAACUUCUCAGUGGGCCGGCAGCAUACCAGCCCUGCUGCUCCCACCACAAGCACUGCCGCGCUUGCACAGGAAGCAUGCAAAAGUUUACUCAACAAAAAGGCAGAUGGAGUCAAGCCCCAGACAAACAACACUAAAAACAGUGUAGUGAGCGCUGUAGUGAACGCCAUGAAAGAAAGCAACACGGCCUCUUCUACACCGAUGGAGCCACAAACUACAGUUGUGCACAACCCUGCCGAUGGCCCCAAGGGUUCCACAGAGAGCUGUAACACCAAUGAGGAAGAGGAUAUGAAAGGUAGGAAAGCCGAGAGUGCGCAGGGAGCGAGCAGUGACAGUGCCGUGAUGAGUCAGUGCAGUGCCGGGGAAGAGCUGCCCGCUCUGGUGGCUUCGCCACAGGGCUCUCCUGCCACCGUCCCCGUGCAUGACGUUAAACGCUUGGCAUGGAACAGUUCAGAACAUGCCUCAUGUCCAGAGUUAGAGCGAACUCAUUCUGGCCCAUGUGCCUCAGCCCAUGGGGUCGGCGGUAUCACGGCGAGCGGGUUCGCAGCUCAGUCUCGUAAGCAGGAGAUUAUAAAGAUCACGGAGCAGUUGAUCGAGGCUGUCAACAAUGGAGACUUUGAAGCAUACACAAGAAUCUGUGACCCUGGUCUGACCUCUUUUGAGCCUGAAGCUCUGGGGAACCUGGUUGAGGGCAUGGACUUCCACAAGUUCUACUUUGAGCACUUGUUGAGUAAGAACAACAAGCCUGUGCACACCACUAUCCUGAACCCUCAUGUUCAUCUCAUCGGGGAGGAUGCCGCCUGCAUUGCGUAUAUCCGGCUGACGCAGUACAUCGACAGCCAGGGGCGCCCACGCAGCUGCCAAUCCGAGGAGACGCGUGUGUGGCACCGCCGUGAUGCCAAGUGGCUUAACGUCCACUUCCACUGCUCAGGGGCACCAGCCGCCCCAUUACAGUGAACCGCACAGGACAGCUUACCUGGAUUCUCAAGAUAAUGGGAAUGUUUCUUCUUUGUGGCUGGACGGGCACGUGAAGGCCAGCUGGAUGACAGCUCUUAAAAGUUACAGACACACCAGUGAGGAACUCUGACAACAUCCAGUUCAACUGUCAACACCACUUAUCCUGUCCAAUCUUUGACCAACGGGAGCUGGCCGCGGCUGUGGCCCCGCCCAAGGGACGGUGCAUGUAUCUGACGCCCACAUGGGGGUGCUGUUUUGUCCUUUUCCCACGGAAACCAUCUUUUUUUGCCCGUUAAAGAUGUUCAGAAGGUGUUGUAAGUACUGAUCUAUGAAUUCAUAAAUAUACUGUAUAUUGUAAAAAUCACUAGCUGAACCAGAAGCUACAAUCAAGUUUGAAAAGCAUUUAUGUACGUAAAAACCAAGGUCGGGAGUUAGGAGGGAGGGGUGGGGGGGGUUGUUAAACUUUAAAAAAAAAACAAAAAAAAAACAAAAACUAGCGCCCAAAAAAAUGCUGAAGUUUACAAGUUCACAGUCCUUCUUGUAUACUUUGCAACUUUUUGGACACAAAAUCGAUUUGGGAACUGGGGGUCGAUUAAUCCGAGAGCAAGGCAGUGAAAACGUGCAGAAGUUCUUCAUAUCAAAAAAAGAACCAAAGUGUAGUUUUUAGUCUUUUAUUAAGGAGUGUUUCUGUUUGGUGUUGGCUUUUUAUGUAACCCGGGUCUAAAAGAAGGUUUGUACGGCCCAGGUUUCAGUAAUCUCCCGUGUUAAUGUGGAACUCUUUAUUUUUCCUCUUUUUUUUUUUUCUUGGACUGACAUAACACAAGCAUUUUGUGUUCAGUUUGAAUUUUUAAGACUAUUUUAUUUUUUAAGUUAAUCUAAAUAAACAUGUAAAGAUAUACAGAGAUAUUUAAAGGAGAUAUAUAAACUCUCGCCAUCCAGGUUUAGGGGAGGAUGCCGUUCUUGACCGCGCUCGUGUUUGCGAUCGGAACUUGUAUAAAUCGUAUCCCCCAUAUAGAUUUAAUAUAACGAAAGCCCGGGUGAACAGCACACAACUGAACACCGACCAGUAGAUUCGCUUUUACUGUUUUGUUAGGUCACGUUAGCAUCAUAGACAAACCACCGCAGGACGUACUGUGAUAGUCAAACAUGAACGUCAUUUUGUGAAGUAAAUCUUCAGAUCUGAGCUCAAAUUACACCAUAGCUUCAGUAGUCAAGUACGUUGUGAUUAAUCUCCUUUAAAACUUGCCGUCCGUUUUAGUAACGUUGGACGUGUCUAACUCACCCUGUCCUCAGUGUUGUCGUAGUCGUGGUUCAUGUCGGUGACGGGGGUGAACAUGCCGUACGUGCUCUGUAAAUACAUGUCGUUCAGUUCAAGCGAUCGCAAGGAACGUCUGGGGAAAAAUCGAAACGGUUGCCAUAGUUUAAAAAAUCACAGUUUUAAUGUUUGUACGAUUACAAUUCACAUCGGUUUGUUAGAUUUCACCAUUAACUAUAUUAAACAGGUUUUAUGGCACUGACUAUUUAAACUCAGUUUAACGUUAUUUAGAAGUGAGGGUUUGAUUGUCACGAGUGAUUAAUCUCUUAAGUUCGUCUGUAGUUGCACAAAUGCUUUUCAUCACUGCUACGGUUUUGUCUUUAGUAGAUUUUAGUAUAGUUACGUUUGAGGCAAUAUAUUGCGUGUGGAAAAACUAGGAGUUCACCCCGUCUCCUUGAUACACAUCAGUCUUUUGUAUGGAUCUGUAAAUACAUGUAGUGUUGGCACACCCUCAUCGUGUGCUGGGCUUCGUGACAUAUCAGGACUACACCUCCGCACGUGUGUAAGUGUGUGCGUGUGUUUAUCACCUUUACAACAAUGGUAGUGAUGCUGUCAGAUUAUAUGUGACGAUGCUGUUUUCACGUCCGUUUCGUGUCUCGUGCUUAUUUCUCGCAUUUUCUUUUUUGUUGUUUUCCUUCGUUUGUGCUAUGGGGAACUGCUGCCUUGCCUGGCCAAACUAGAUUACACUUUUUAUUUUUUUUUUUUUUUUUUUACUUCAAUACAUCCUUUGACAUCUUCAGCUCCAUGUAAUUGAAAAGGAUUGAGAUGGCUAUGAGGAGUCACUAGCUGGUAGAUUUAGGUUUAGCGAAAUAAAUAUCCAACCCCUGAAAGCUCGGUCUGAAUUCUGGGCCAGACAACGACGUACGAGUCUUCUGGCCCACCCGUCCAAUGACAGGAGAAAUCGAAUACACAGUUUAAAAAAUACCGGCGAAUAUGCAUGUGUACUUUUCUUGGUAAAUAUCGUUCCUUUUAUUUUCCACUGUCUGUGUUUACUUAAUAAAAAAGGGAAAGAAAUCUCAUAGUAUUUGCAUCUCGACAUGAAAAUCACUCCAUUGGGAACUAUAAGUGAUGUACCAUAUUAAAACUGAAAAAAAAAAGUAGAAAAUAGUGAAAAAAAAGUAUAUAUAAAACAAAAGCCUCUGCUUGGUAUGCUCCCCUCAUUCUAAGUAAAUCUAUUGCAUUGUAAUGGUAUACUAUUGGGCUUCGUAUAUAUUCGGAGUUUAAACAUGGAUGCUGGAUUUUUGCAUGAUCAUACAUUUAAUAAAACCAUGAAAUGACAACUAUCAAGUGUUUGUCUGAAUGUUAGUAGGUCUUCAUCAUAGCUUUGUUAUUAUUGAAACUUGAUCUGGAAAGUAUUUAAUAAAAAGAGCAUUUCUGCAGCC